AUUGAAGAAGAAGAUUGUUUUGUUGAUGGAUAUUCGCAGUUAACUUUUAUACUUGAUUCUACUCGAAGCCAUGAAGCCUAUACAAAUCAAAGAAUAGAAAGAAAAGUUGCAGCAUUGUCUGCAUCUGGCUCUAAUUAUAGAUUUUAG